AUGCAGCCAACUUUUGUUACAUUCUCACUCGUGUUGUUGGGUGCGGCUAACGCCCAGCUCCAGCGGGCAUCUUAUUGGUCAACAGCAGAUAGAAACGGAACCAAAACAAUCAUUGGCGAUGGGUUCCGUUGCUAUGCGAUGCAAGGGAAGGUGAAGCACGUCGAAACCGAGAAGAUGGUCCAGGCGAUAUUUUACGAUCGCGCCGGCUGCACUGGGGCUCAUUCAAUCCAAACUUGGGGCACAACCACACUUGACGAGACCUUCUCUUUUCAGUCUGUCGAACUCUCGAAGUACGAAAGAUGA